GAAAAUGUGAGCUGCUUGAACACCUCCCUAGUCAUUCUGAUGUUGGCACAUCGACAUUCUGAACUCCCUUUAUACCUUGAGGGUCUGCGCAGUCAUGUAGAGCCACACCUCCUCACCAACCUGCGCUCUCUCUUACGAUUCUGGCAGACUCACUACCUCCAUAAUAAAGAUAAAGACUGCAACACACUUCAGAGGAGUUCAGGCAUCUCUUUCGAUUUCUGGCGGGAGACAGUAGCAACACUAGUUGCUGAAAAUAAACUCUCCCCAGACUGCAUAUACCACUACCUGUCUCCUGAGGACCUUAACUUGUCUCGGACCAGCUAGACAGCAAGCCAGAUGUGGUUGCCAAGGCUAGGCUGAUUUUUUAAUAUAUUUUUUUUGUAUUCUUUGUUUUUAAUUAUUCACAAGAAAGAUUUUGUAUUUCAGGAUUUUCUGUGUUCUCUGGCUCUUAAUUGUUCACAAGGGAGAAUUUGGGUAAAUCUUCAAAGUGCAGGAAGAGUGUGUUUGGGACUGAUUUUUAGAAAUUGUUAUUGUCAUUGCUAUCUUAUUUUUCUACUUCAUAUUUUGUUCAUGGUAUUGCAGCAUUUUUGCAUGUGGAGUACAAAAAUUAUUGUCAACUGCAAAUAGUAGAAAAAAUGGUGUAUAUUUGCCAGAGAUGCUCUAGUCAUUUUUUUAAAGAAGCUAAUACUGUGUUAUGUCAGAAGACUAGAGGAGGAGAAGUUUUUACUAUUCAGUGAUGAGCGUGUUGGGCAGGCAAGGUAGAAGAACAAUAAGCUUUAUGGAAAAAAAGGAAAGAAAACAAGUAAGAAGGAGAGAGAGAGAGUUGGGGGGAGGGGAAGAAAAAGAAAA